AUGUUUCUGUUAGUUAAACUUUUGUGUUUUGCUGUUAUAGCAAUCGCUAUGAACAGUAUCAGUGCUAGUGAUACAUAUGAGAGUGAUGUUCAAUAUUAUUCUUCACAGCUUGACAGCGCUAGUGAAGAUCUAAAUGAUUAUGUGCCUAGAACCGUAAGGCAAGUUAAAAUUCCUCUGCAAAGGGACAGUUCCGGAGUUAAUAUUCGUCAAUAUAAUGUUACACGGCACACUCGAGACGUUUCUUUUCCUGGAAUUAAAAAACCAACCCACCACGAUGUCAUUAUUCCAAAUUGGAAUCCUAACGCCAGAAUUAAACCAUGGCAGGUUAUUGGAGUUAAAAAUCGUAAAACACGAAGUGCAAUAAUGCCAUGA